AUGAAAUAUGUCGCGUUAUGGCUCAUGAUUGCAACCCAGAUAGUUGUAGGCGGAAAAGACUACUCAGUGAGUUAUUCCAGAACUUAAUUUGAAUUUCAUUUUGUCUCAGAGAGGAUUUCAAAAAUGGAUUGGAGAAGCUGAUGAAGAAAUCUCUGCGGUCGAACCAUCGAAAGAAUGCAAAACGAAUGCAGAUUGUGGCCAGAAUCAGUACUGCGAGGAUGUCUUUACCAACAAUGCAUACGAAGAAAUUCGUCAACGAUGUUUCAAGGGUCAGUUUUUUUUUCCCAAACUUCAGAGAGCUUUUUUUCAGUGCCGACUAUAUUCGAAAAGGUCACAAUUCGUGAAGCUGACAAGAUAGGAGUGAAAGCAUGUUCGUACACGGAGUAUUGUGACACUCCUGAUGUCUGCUACCCGCUGAAGCAUGAAGUUUAUGACGCGGAGACAGCAAAAUUUCUCAAGGGCGUUUGUACGAAAAGUAAUUAAACUUUGAAAGCAUAUGACCAGUAAGAAUCAAAAAGGAAAAUUCAUUUUUGUCGCAAAGAAAAAAACUUUUCAAUACUUCAAUUUUUUUGCGCGCGACCAACUUUUUCCGUUGCGAUUUAAAAAAAGACUACUUUCUAACAAUUCAUAGUGUAAAGAUAGACAGGUAUCAAAUAUACUGGAAGAUCUUUUUUUCUUCAAACUCGUGUUAUACUGGUCUUAUUUUCUUGAAUCAAAGAUAUACUCAAUACUGUACUUACAGUUCCCCAAGCGACUCAGGAUCCUGAAGAAGUCUUUGGCGAUGGAUGUGAAACCUCAGAAGAAUGCACCGAUGAUCAAUUCAGACCUGUCAGAAUCUUUUAUGGAAUGUUAGUUCGACUUCGAAUUGAAUCGCAAACCGCUACUCCCUGACAUCAUCCCUGAAGUCAUCUUGACUUGGCGAUUCGCACACGCUGCCAUAUUAUUUGAUUUUUUUCACGUUUUUAAAUUAAUUAUGAGAGUUGCAGGACAAUUUGUAAAAAAAUCAAAGCUUCAAAUAUUUUUCGUUCGCGAUAUCCAAGGGAUUUGUUGUAAAGGUUCAAGUAAAAAAUUUAAUAGAAAUACUGUUUUUUUCCAGCAAAUUUUAAAUGUCCGGGCGAACUGAACGCGCUUCCUGCACAAAUAUCAGCCACGAAUGAGGCUUCAUGUAUUGAGGAGUCCGUGAUGCAGGACACCAGCGAGUUUGGGAAAGUCUGUUGCCGUGAGUUUCAUCUAAUAAUGAGGAUUAUCAGGCACGAGGGGUAACAAUUUUUUCAAUCAGGGAAUUUUCUACAUCGAAUGCGAGGUCUAGAGAAAGAGACAUAUUCAAAAAAGAUCCCCUAAUCAUUGGCAAUCUGAAAAUUACUCGGGCGAAUCCUGGGAAGGUAACCAGCAGGAAAGCGCUAAGUAAUUGGAAGUAGUUCGGGAGGUAAAAAAAUUGAGAACGCCUAUCAGAAGUCUUCUAGAAGGUAAGCAGAGGUAUAGGGAUAGUAUGUGGAAGGCCUUUUGACCUCAUGCUGGAAAACUUCCAAACGCCUUCCGAAGAACCAAAAGCAGAAGCUUCCUAAAUUUUACCUGAGUUGAAGUAUCGAGAAAACUUAGAGGAAAAAGAUCAUCGAAUUUUGGAGAAUUACUUGCGCGUUGAAGAUCGUAAAAAAACAACGCUUUAAAUUAACAGAAAAUGAUUGUUAUCAAAUUCACGUUUAAUUCAAAAAAAUCUUUCAGCCAUGCCGUACUCAUACACGCUCUACUGGACUACGAUUGAAACGAAGAAGAAGCUCCCGCGAGGCUACGCGGAAACGGGCGCCGGCAGCGUUUGCUUGGAUGAGAACACUUGCAACGCCGACGAACACUGCGACGAGUCGGUGAACAUUUUUGUCGGUCGCGGCAAGAAAGACAAUUCGGCUUACGAGGAAGAAGCGAUCCGGUUCUGUUACAAAGGUUAACUGGGAAUACAAUGAUUAUUGCUAAAUUUGAAUCGGGUUUCAGUCCCAAUAGACGACUUUACAACUUACCAGGAGAAUUUUAAAGAUGUUUGUCGGGUCGACUAUUUAUGUGAUCCCCCAGCAGACUACUGCCAUAAACUUCCUCUACAAUCUGGAGCUCCUGAGGAUAUCUACAAGGGAUUUUGCGCGAAAAGUUGGUUAAAAAGAGUUAUUAUGUUUAGGGACCACCAGCGCCCACUUCGGGGUCGCUUUUUUUUUUACUCAGUACUUCGUUUUUUGUUAUUCCAAUUGCGCGCGUGUAGUAGUGAUGAGCGUAAGACUUUUUCCGCCUGUCGGCGGAAACGGAAAAAUUUCACUUUCGGAUUUGAAUUUUUAAAAUAUAUUUUUUUUGAAUCUCAUUGCCUCACUCUAUCAACUCUAUGGUUCCAUUCAUUUGUUUCAUUGUGCUUUCAUUUUUCGAAUAAUCGUGGGCGGUCCCUAUCCAUGUAAAUUCUGAUAUUUAAAAACUAACAUUUGCAUAGAGACCGCAAAGUGGUUUUUCAAAUUUCAUCCGAUCGCUUCGAUUCUGAUUCUACUUACUACUUGUUUUUUUCUUUCUGAAUGGUCUUCCCGAGCAAAUUAUUAAAAUUAAGUUAUAAAAAGAAAUAAUUCAAAAAGUUUCUUCUUUCAUUUUUAAUUUCCAAAAAAAUUUAAGUUGUGAAAACAAAAAAAUUUUUUCGUCUUUACCUAUGAUAUAUUGAAGGAAAGAAUUCGACAAGCACCCUAGCGCCAGAAAAAGAAGAGCCAGGAAUAUCUACGAGAAACGAUCAGGAUGAGGAGUCAUCUGCUAUUGACCAGGAGAGCUUCACCACUCCCAUUAAAGGCUCUAAAAGCACUUCAAGUUACCUCGUUGAUUAUAAUCAUAACUGUACACAUGUGGGCAUAAAUACUGGAUAAACUUUAAGAAGCACUGUUUCGUUUUUUUGUGUUACUUUUGAUCUAAAAAUUUUCACCUCUACUAUAGCUGGUUCACGCUUGGGACGCUAGGGGGCGUGUCCUGUCUGCGCUCUCCACGAGCCAAGCGCUGUCCCGUGCAUUAUCGUGAACACUUUUUUCGAUGGCUCUAGCCAGCCGUGAAUCAGCUAUAACAAUAAUUUCUGAAUCAGUCUUACCAGGGAAUGGUCUCAGCUCACAGUGGGACUUCUGAAUGAGACCAAUUUUAAUAGAUGUAGCUUUUCACGCUGAUUCCAAAUCUGCUUUCAAAAGUUGCCCAAUACGUCUGUGAAAAAAGUUAUGGACCCUCAAAAGUCGAAAAUUUCAGUGUCUCCGAUUGAGCUCAUUUUUGGAGGGUAUGUAGAUCUUGUCCCUCUGGUCACGAGAAACCAUUGAACUCUUUUCAAAAAAAUUUCGCAGCCCAGAUAUGAUCUUUCAAAGCCCCGCCGAACAUAAGAGAAUGCGCGCGCGGUGUGGUAUUGCUAGCCGGCGACCGUCGAAGCAACGGCAGCGAGGAUUUUCCAUGGUUUUUUCAGACCUAUCUUUACACGAACUUAUCCAAAAAGGAAAAAUUGCAAAAAACUUUUGCAGAGGACGGGGACCGCACCUUUGACCUCGUGCUCUCCAAUCCGCCGCCUUUCCACUGCUCCUCGCUGCCGUUGCUUCGACGGUCGCCGGCUGGCAAUACCACACCGCGCGCGCAUUCUCGUAUGUUCGGCGGGGCUUUGAAAUAUCAUAUCUGGGCUGCGAAAUUUUUUUGAAAAGAGUUCAAUGGUUUCUCGUAUGCUUAACUUUACUUCCGGCAAAAAAUCAGAAAAAAAAUGAUUCGAUUGAUUCAAAGUUCAUUAUGCUGUGUUCAACACGAAUAAACAAUGUUCGGUAAUCGAAGGAGAGUAAAAAUAGUGAAAUAUUUUUCUUAUUUUUUUAAAAAUAAUUUUUUUGAAAAAAAGAAAAAAACGCUAGCUUUUUACUUUGAUAUUUUUUUGCAGGUGCUAGUGUUUUUUUGACAUUAUAUUUUUGAUACGAAAGGUGGAUAUAGAGUUGUUGUCUUCAGAGAGACAAGAUUUUUUUGAUCUCGAGACGAGGAAAUUUUUCGGAAGGAAGUCUGGAGACGAGUUCGAGACAUUUCGGAAAAAGCCGAGAAUAUCUGCUCCAUAUUUUUUUAAAAAAAAACACAAAAAAAUACUUCAAUUUGAGCGCUCUUCAAGUUCCACUACUUUCUGAACUCCUAGCAACACUAGGAAAAAAAAUAGCUUUCUACGGUAAAUUUCCCACCGGACAUCGAAAAAGGGGUGGAGACUAACCAAAGUUGUAUCAAAAGUUUUUUUAACGUCCUUGGUGAAGUCUAGAGCAAUAAGAUUUGAAAGAUAUCUCGAUAAAUCUCGAGACAAGAUCGUGUCUAGUGCAUCCCUCACUCCGAAUAUCAGCUGCUUUUCCAUGAGGAACAGUACGGCGCCCAGCUUGUUCUAGGGCUGGUGGGCGUCGCACUGAAAAUACGUCGAGAGCGGAAACGAAGACCGAACGUGAAAGAAAAAAAUUAUUCAGUAAGAAAAGAAAAGUAUGAUUUCACAAUGCCUUCUUGAUAAUGUUUGAAUGAAAAAAGCGUUAAACUUAAACUGAUUGAGUUAAUUUAAACUGAAAAAUUAUUUUACGUGCUAUUCGUAAAAAGAAAUUGAGUUCAACGUCAGUCGCCCCAGUCAUUGCUUUCACAGGAAUCUACGAGGUGAACCUUCCUCAUGUCUACCUUUAUAUUCCUAUUAUUUACCGUUCAAGCGGCUGGAGCCAUCAACAACGUUUGUCCUGUGAGCCGUUACAUUUUUCUCUGAACGUUACUCUGUCCCAGGCCGACUACGCUCCCACUCUUCUUCGAGUCUGUAAAGGUCCCUCGGGAUCAACUUGCACUGGAAGCGAACAUUUUUGUCGGAAAGAGACUUGCUGCGCAUGUAAGUUGACAUUUUCUCGGUGAUGAUCAAGAAAAUAAGUAAUUUUGAGUGAACAGAAAACGAGAGUUUCCAGAAAAAGAGCUUGACGAAUAAUGAUUUUCCAAAUUUCAGACAGGCCAACUUCAACAACAUUUCAUAAGUGGAAAGGAAAGGGAGGCGAAGAAGUUAUCGCGGUCGAGCCUCUUAAAGAUUGCAGCAAGAAGUUGAAAUGUGACCAAGCCGAGUUUUGCGACUAUGUGUACAUUUCAACCGGUAAAGUCGAGGAUAAGCCCAACGCUAAUGGCAAAAACCCGCGUAAAGUUUGUUUCAAGGGUCAGUCCUUUUUUUUGUUCCGAAUUCAACGUUCUUGAUAUUUUCACAACCUCAAAUAAUAGGGGAUAUUCAAACAAACACAAUGGCUCUUAAACUUUGCUCGUCGUUAAAAGACUGUGGCAAGUUUGGUGUCUGCUACCCUCUGGCACAAAAAGUUUAUGAUUUCGAUGGUAAUAAGUUUGCAACGGGAAUUUGUACGAAAUGUGAGAAAUUUGCAAUGAAUGAUUGUUCCUAAAAUUGGAAUUACAGUGGCCGCCGUGACUCAGGACCAAAAGGAAGAAUUUGGCGACCUGUGUGGGAAUUCGCAGGAUUGCACAGCGGAUAAGUUCAGAUCGGGAAAAAGGGGCGAUGCAAUGUUAGUUCCAUCAACAGAAAAAUCCUCAAGGAAAAGUCACCGAAAAAUAAAGAAAAAAAACGUUUUAAGGGUAUUCAGUCAGUUCUUGGCUGGUUAGUUAAGUUUGUUUUCAAAAGCGCUCCUACGACAAAAAAAAGACUCCGAACCUUGAAAAAAUCCGCAGAAAGACGGCCGAUAUGAUUUUAAAUAUUAAAAAAAAAUUUAAGCAGAAAAAAAACAAAUGUACGGGGCAUGAAGAUUCUUAGAAAUCACCAUUUUCGCGUUCCAUUAAGCUUUUAUUAAGACUUCACUUCAAGCAAUUAUGAAUUGAGUAAAAUGAGAAUAACUGUACCGCGUUAAAAUAACUUACAGUGAAAAAGUCAGCCUCCUUUAUUUGAUGAAGAUAAUAUUUUCGAACCACGUGAUGUUCACAUUCAAAGCGAAAAAUCGCAAAGUAAUCUAAAUACGUAUUUUUCGUACUUUAAAAUUUCGAAACGCCAAUCUAAAAUAGACGUUUUUCUCUCCAACUUUCAGUGCUGGAUGCAAAAAGUUCAAUGUUACGAACGGUUUUCUGAGCCAUGAUGCCGGAAUUUGUCUACGCGGUAAAUAAACUUUGAACGAGAGACCGAUCGUUUCUCUUUUCAGCCAAUGUACUAUGUUUGAGUCGAAUGAAAGCUACCCAGCCCUUUUAUAGCGCAAACGGCACAGCUCUAUGUAGCAAGGAAGUGAGGGAGUUCAAAAACAACGAUCUUGGAUCGAUUUGCUGCCGUAAGUAUAGUUCAUCCACUAAAUUUUGGAAUAUUGCGAGAGACAGCGAAUUUCUCGCCAACUUUUCUCUUCAAAAAUAGCAAAAAAAUUUUAGGGUGGGAAAAAACGGUAAUAACAAGUUUACUACUUUGAUAUCAACUUUUUUUUCGGAAUUUGGCUCAUCUAUAUAGAGUAUCAGUAAUACAACUCAGCUUUCAAAUUUUUACAAUAAUUAAAUUGACGACAAAAAACCAUUUCAGUUUCUGCGGCAUACGCGGGAAAGUAGAUAACUCAAUUCGGAGGUGUAGCCUUAUGUACAAAAAUUCGAAAAAGUGAAAAAUGAGAAUAAUUCUCAACGUCACAAGCUACAAAAACAGGAUAGAUCGGCUACCAUUGAAAAUGAACUCAAAAAUACAAACUUCAUUUGGAAACUUAAAAAACCAACAAAAAUAGAUUAUUUUUCAGAUCAUUGGGCUGAUCCAAAAAUUUUUUUAACUUUUUUAUUGGAUACAGUCCCGCUGUAAAAAGAGACUAAUCUCUUACCAAACGAAAAACAUCAAUUUCAGCGGAGCCGCUGUCAUAUAGCCUAUACUGGACGACAGUUGAGUAUGAAAAUAAAUUACCAAUUGAUUACGAAAAAGACGGCGUUGGCAAGACAUGCACCGAUAGUCGUGAAUGUCGUAACGAAGAAUUCUGCGACGACGCAGUAAACGCUUUCAAUGGCAUAGGGGCGAAGGACAAGUCGGGAACGAACAACCAACCUCUGCGCUAUUGUUAUCGGAGUUGA